AGCAGCAUGUAUCACAGGCAGUGAGAGGGUUACACUGAGCAGCAUGUAUCACAGGCAGUGAGAGGGUUACACUGAGCAGCAUGUAUCGCAGGCAGUGAGAGGGUUACACUGAGCAGCAUGUAUCACAAGCAGUGAGAGGGUUACACUGAGCAGCAUGUAUCACAGGCAGUGAGAGGGUUACACUGAGCAGCCAGCCAGGCUGGUGUGUAGUAGCAGAGCACAGGGCUGUGGGACUGCACUUGCAGGAGGAGGAUGACAGGCUGGUCCUGAAGGUCUGAAAGUUCCUGAGUUGAGGUGAGAGUUGUGAGUACAUCUCCCUGUGCUGCACAAGGGGAGGGGAGGAGGAGGAGGAGAUCAGUGCGGAGGGCAUUGCUGUAUUUAGGACGGCUGGAUGCUGAGUGUAAAGGACCAGAGCACCAAGACUGGAGCAUCAACUCUGCCGCUAGUCCUUCCCAGCCAGGGCACCACCACAGGGGCACAGUGAGGAGCACAAUCCCAUACAGGACCUGAGCACUCUCCACAAGACUCGCAGCUACUCCCUGGAUGCGCAGCAUUCUCCGCUGGUUACAUAUCCAGCACCAUCCGCCCGGACCUCGCCUGAGCCCUUCUCCAAACUUUCAGCACUCACCUGCUUCCACAGACCUGAUUGCAACAAUCUGAUCGCAAGCAGCUGAUGCUGUGAUUGAUUUCUGCUGGAGGAUUAUUGCACCCUACACACCCGGCUGCUGGAUUGCUGUUUAUACUAGGUUGGGCUGAGGAUGGCAGUGUGGAAGAAGAGUCAGUCCAUGUUACCCUGCCCCAACUCUGGUCCUCACUGCUAGGUGCCCAGGAGGGUCCUUCCCUUUUGCCCACAGGAGCUCGCCUCUACAUUGCAUUCCCUAUUCAGCACUAUCCUGUACCUGACACCUGCACAAAUGCAGUUCAGGCUCUUUUCCUGCGCGCUGAUUAUCCUGCACUGUGUGGAUUACAGCCACUGCCAGAGCAACCGCUGGAGAAGGAGCAAGAGAGCCAAUUAUGGGACGAAUCCAACGUGCAAAGGUUGCCUGUCGUGCUCAAAGGACAACGGGUGUAUACGCUGCCAGCCGAAGCUGUUCUUCUUUCUGCGGCGAGACGGGAUGAGGCAGUAUGGGGAGUGCUUGCAUUCCUGUCCUUCAGGAUAUUAUGGACUAAGAUCACCCGACAUGAACAGAUGUUCAAGGUGCAGAAUCGAGAAUUGUGACUCUUGUUUUAGCAGAGAUUUUUGCACAAAGUGCAAAGCUGGUUAUUACUCUCAUAAGGGGCGAUGUUUUGAGGAAUGUCCAGAGGGAUUUGCUCCAUUGGAUGAUACUAUGGAGUGCGUCGAUGGAUGCGAGGUGGGACCCUGGAGUGAAUGGGGAACAUGCAGUAGAAAUAACAGAACGUGUGGGUUUAAAUGGGGCCUGGAAACCAGGACACGACAGAUUGUGAAGAAGCCGGCGAAGGACACGAUCCCUUGCCCAACCAUCGCUGAGUCCAGAAGAUGUAAAAUGGCCGUGAGACACUGCCCGGGAGGGAAGCGAACAGUGAAGGACAAGAGGAACAAAAAGAAGAAAAAGAAGUUGGUCGAUCAGGCACAGGAGCAACACAGCGUUUUCCUUGCUACAGACAGGACCAGCCAGUAAAUAGACAAUUCCUAGAGUUCUUUACUUCUUCGCUAAGUGCACAAAGGCUGCUACAUGCUCUUGCACACAGUUGGACUGCAGAAUGGCUGCUUUAACAGUAUUGGAUACAAAUAACUUGUGAACAUACUCACAAGCCCUAUUUGUCUUAUUUAUACUUAAUUUUUUUUUUUUUCAUUCUCUCAUCCGGAAUCUCCGAAAAAGCGGAAAUACUGAGUUGAAUCAGUGAUGUGAUGUAAAUGUGUCAAAAGACUUUUUUUUUUUUUUUUAUAAUUUUUUAUUUUUUUUAUUCAGUGCCUAUGAUGGAAGCUACCAGUAUAUUGAAAUGGAACUGUUAACAGAUUGACAGGACGCCAAAAAAUAAUCUAUUAAAAAAAAAAAAAAAUGGACAAGUGUAUAUUUCUGUAAAACAAAACCUCAGAAAAGCAAGCAAAAAAAUAAAUAAAUGAUAAUUUGGGAGUAGAAAAUGAAUUAAAUGUUUUUUUUUUUUAAAGUUUUUGGUUUCCAUGCUGUACAUUUAAACCAUUGCAAUUUGAAAUGUUUUGUUUAGCUGAUGUCGGUCGUCGUUGCCUAUUAUAACGAAAAAGUUGUGUAAUGAAACUGACGCUAAUGAUACAGUGCUACAGCAGUAACUGCCUAUUGUCCCAAAUAGUGCAGCCGUUAUGAUUUGUACAGAGUGCUGAGACGCUACUUAUAAUAAACCUCUUUACGGUCUAUAUA